CGUUUCCUCACUCUAUCUCUCGUUCAUCUUUAACAUUUCCCACCUCAUCCCACUCUACAGCCAUGUACGGAGCCGACGACGAGUUGUCCCUAGCGGUCGAUGCGUUUCUUACAGAAGCCAUGGGUCGUAAACAGACACAAUCGCAGGGUCAAUCAGAGGCCUCUCGAAGAGGUUCUGCAGCCUCCCAGCCAGCUCCUCAGAGUGACAAGUCGUUUGAGUGUACUCAUCCUGGCUGUAGCAAGAAGUUCACGCGCUCAGAACACUUGCAGCGACAUGCUCUCAAUCACUUGCCGGGCGGUUCUUCAUGUGACAUAUGUCGUGCACACUUCAAACGGCCUGAUUUGUUGAGUGAGUGACCAUGUUUUGUAUAGCCGAGUCGAUCAAAGUUUGUUCUUACGUAUCCAAAGGGCGACAUAUGGAAAGACAUCGCCAGAAGGAUCUUGAGGCCGGAGGAACCGGCUUUGGCGUUCUCGAUACACGAAAGAGAUCCUGGGAAGCACCCGACGGUACGGUCGUUGAAAAGCGACCGUGUCGGAACAGCAACACGAAAGCCAAAAGUACCAAGGGUUCAGGACAGAACCCUCAAGAAACACAACAAGUCCCAUCUCCAGAAUCCGACCAGGCAGAUAAUACAAGGAAUCAAUCCCCUGGGCUGAUCGCUUGGGGCCACAACGGAGGCCAGUCAGUGAAUGGAGUUGAUCUUCAUCCCUCAUCCGACUUGCACAUUGAAGACUCCAUUUUUGUUCACUCCGCCGGUGAACUCGUCACAGACGACCAUUUAGGAAACUUUACCACCUCAACCGACCCAUUCCAUCACAGUGAAGGCAUAGGCGAGUUUUCGUUCGACCAGCUCGAUCCGCUACUUCUCAACGAAUCAUUCGUGGAUACUGCAGCACUUGACUACACGCAAAACUUCCAGCCAGAUACAGCCAGCUCAUUUAAUAUGCCCUAUACGACUGCUUUGGACUACAAUUGGUUAUUUAACAUGAACUUGAACCCAACACCAACACCCCUCGCAAAGGCCAACGAGCAGUAUAUCCCAUCCGCCCAGAUGUCGGAGCCCGUCCAGAUAUUAUCACCAGACUCUAUCAACAGCACGCGGCGUUGGUCUGAGUCGGUACAUUCUCACAGCAGUGAUACGAGGCAAGAUGCUUCUGAUCCCCGAACCGCAGUCUUGAACCAUACCAAGACAACUUCGGAGAGCCUUGCCAGCUCUAGAACUGAGUCUACAACGCCAGCAGAAUACAAAAGCGCCAAACUAUUGAGGCCCAACAUCGCCCACGAUCAUCAAUAUGUCGAGGAACCGCAAUUCAACAGACCAUUCUCGAUGCUCGAGAAAGGUCCAUCGAUACCCAAGAUCGACGAAAGCGUGCGCAAACGAAUUCUCCAAGUCGUCGAAGCUGCCAACCCAUCUUUACCUGAUUCUCGUCACUCCCUGUGGGAUGAGCCACUAUUGUCACGAGACUCCCUUCAAACAUAUCUGGAAUUGUUCUUCGUCAAGUUCAAUACUGCCUACCCACUGAUGCACCUUGCAACCUUUGAUGUCAGCAGAAUGGAACCUCUGCUUCUCAUCUCCGUCCUCCUGCUUGGCGCAACCUACUCGACCAAGGAUGCCCAUCAGCUGGCUGUGUGCAUCCACGACGUCAUACGUCCUAGCAUCUUUUCUCAUGCUAGCUUUUCGGCUCGUGCGGAACUAUGGACUCUGCAGACUAUCCUUUUGGUGGAAUGCUUUGGGAAGUCGAGGGCUGGACAGAAGCAGCACGACAUGAGUCAUCUCUUCCAUGGACUUCUUAUAAAUCUUAUUCGCAGAUCUGACUGCCAGUCAGUUCGCCCUCAAGGACCGCCAGCUGGCUGUACCGAUUCAAAAGAGGGUGUAGUGCGAGAGGCUUGGAGACGAUGGGCCAUUGCAGAACAAAAGAAACGUCUCGCACUUCUGUGCUUCAUGUGGGAUACACAGCAUGCCGUUCUCUUCUGUCAGAGUCUUUGCAUGUCCGCAUUUGAGCUUCGUCUCGAACUGCCAUGCAGCCAAAGAAUAUGGGAGGCUUCAGAUCCAAUGUCCUGGGCUAUGGCAUGGCGCUCAUCAGCUUGCAGUUCCCAGCAGACCUUUUACCUUCCCAGUCUCAAAUCCUAUCUCGGACCAUCAGUGCCGCGUCCAAAGGCAUUGACAGGAUUGUCUCACGUACUUAUGCUACAUGGCUUGAUGUCCAUCGCAUGGGACAUGCAGCGUCGUGAUCAGACAGCGCUUGGAGUAGUGGACGGUGAUGGGCCCGGAUCCAACUGGCGGAAGCUCAUAGGGAACGCUUAUGACGCUUGGAAGGAAGACUUUGAUGCUUACAUAACCUCAAUUAUUUCUCGACUGCAGAAUACACCUGAGGACCAGGCCAGAAGGAGUGAAUACGUGGCGUUUGCUACUGCAUACAAUGCUCUGUUUCACUCAGCACAAGCACUUCUUCGUAUGGAAUUUCUCGAUAUACAGAUCUACGCUGGUGCUCGCCAUAUACUAGGCCGACCAGUUCAGCAGAAGGACUAUCGCCGAUCCGCAAAGGCGGUGAAACAGUGGGCUUCUUUAGUGACAGAACGACCAAACAAAGAUCAAACCUCCAACACCGAACAAAAUACAAGAAGCCACAAGAGGCCAGCCUCUAUAGCUGCAUGGCACGCUGCUCGAUUGCUUCAUGAAAACACCAAAGUGCUCACGCGUUCAGACGCAAUGCAGCUCUUCCACGUCCCCUGGUGUCUGUACCUAGCAACUCUUGCAUGCUGGGCAUUCUGCCACGGCCAGCCAAAUAGAGGAGGUAUACUUGAUAUGGAAGAUGAUGUUGAUGAUAGCGACGAUGAGAGCGACGAGAUCAUCUGGAAUCCUCGAGGAGAAAUGCAUAACCUCGUGUCAAGAAUGGCUCAGAAUGGGCCUGAGGACAUGGAUGUAAAAACAGGUCAACAACGACAGAUUGUCGGGCUUGUCUGGACUAUGGCUGAGACGUUGAGCAAGGUUCGGUGGGGUAUCUUGCACGCUGGAGUUGUCGUGCUACGGGGGCUGAUACCGCAAAGACUUAUUAACCAGUAUGAUGAGCCUCAUGAUGAUGCUUUCUAAACCAAAUAUACUGGUUUUAAUAGAAAUAUAACUCUGAUAUUUCAGUUACUAAUUAACGGUAAACACUUAGAUUAAAUUAUUU